AUGGAGUGUAAAACCGCCAGCAGAGUAAAUGGAAGAUGCUGGAGUAACUUGGAUCUGAGCAGCAAACUAGCGGACAUGUGUAACGCAAACAGCAUGUGCAACGUGAAUUCCUUCUACAAUCCGUACAAAAUUCAGAGUGACGAGUCUUUAGACUUGAGUCAGAACUAUGAAUCUUCUACACCCUUUGACCAUUGUUCAAAUACUUUGGAUCCUUCACUUUACUACCCGCCUUGGUCUACUUACGGAGACGAGAUGAGGCAAGUUGGAAGCUCGCAGAUCAUGCCGAAGUAAGUUAAGGCGCGUGAUACCUGUCACAGGAUUCCGUUUGAAAGAAACGAGUUUGGAAGUGAAACAGAUUUAUACGGCCUUGUAUCCAAUAUACUGGAAGAACCAGAAAAGGCACAGUCCUAUUUUACCGAAGGGUUUUCACUGGAUCAUGUCUCACAACUCAAAUCAGCGUGGCCCCUGGGUGCAAACAGAGGAACCGAGCACCAGGACUUCCUCGCAGACAGUAAAAGGUCUGGGGAUUUUGUCGUUUUCCAAAAGAAUCUUUACGGCACAGGACAGGCGUCUGCUACGGAGACCCAGAAAACGGAUGGAUUAUACCACGGGCUGAGUAGUUUGGCACAAGAUGGACAGUGGCUCCAUUCCAACAAGGUGAAUAACACCGGCAGCUACAAUGAGGACACCAAGGUGCCUUUCCAGGAAUACCCGGUUGACAAGAACAGCUUUUCCACCUCUGCCUUGAUGCCCGAUGCCAUGAGAGACUAUUCACAAAAACGGGCCGAAUCUCUUGCUUCUCAGUUUAACCGAUACGCUGGGAAUACAGAGCCUCUACAAUAUGAAACAAAGCCAGUAAACCACGCCAGCCUCAGCUUUCAGGGAUGCAUAAAUGCAUUGAAUGGAUCAUCAAAUGUGCCCGAUUUGGAUAUAGAUGGUUACACUAAAUUCAUCCAAGCAACGCAAAGCUGUCAAAAACCUGAAAAUGUAAUGCCAGACCAGCAGAAUUAUAAGUUUGCCAAGACUCCAUAUCUAUUAUCAGAUGAGCCUUACCAAAAGGAAUCCCCAUUUCUACCGAAUUUUAACCUUAAAUCAGAUUAUGGAUUGAAAAGACUCUCUGUGUGCAAAGGGGGGAGUGAAUUUGCGAACGGCGAUACCCGAAAUUCCGGUUUCCUGAAAGAUUCCUGCUUGGUGCCACCUUUAGCCAGCGCCGCUUCAAUCAGAUCUCUGCCCUGGAUGAACGGUCAUACCGAGAGGAGCGAUUCUCCUUCCCUGUAUUAUAACAAGAGUCUGAUGACGAAGACAGGCAGCCAUAUAUCCACCUCUCACAAAAGCUGUGCCCAAAACACCGGCUAUCCCUCUGUCUGCUCUCCUCCUCCGUUCCGCAGAUACUGCGAGGAGAACCACGGCUAUCCGGUAUUUGAGUAUUUUUAUAAUGGAGCAGAAAAAACACCGGAGGGAUUAUACAAGAAUUUAGACGAAGGACUUGCUGAUUCAUUUAAGAACAAAAAGCUAAAUGGCCUUUGUCAAAAUCUGUCAAACCACUCGAUUCCCGUAGAUAUCGCGGGGAACAGGGCCUUUCCGGAGAAACCCCAGGGCAUGCAGUAUAACAUAGAGAAAAAGAACCUAGGAUGUGCCCACAAAAGUAAUCAGAGAUUGCUGGACGGUGCCGUGAACUAUACAAGUAACAGACAGGGAAGUGGCGAUCAUGAUGCUUUGAAUGGCGGCAGACUGCCGCUCCUACACAGCGGGUGUCUUUCAAACACCUUUAUGAUGGGGGACAUGCGACGUAACGUUUCCCUGCAGCCUCCUUCUACCAGUUACAGGUCUUCUUUUCCUCACGUUGUGGGCCGCUCCAUCUCGCCCUUCAUCGAGUCGAGUGACACAAACACAUACGAAGACUUUGGACCGAUUUAUCCCCAUUUCGGUGAUUUGAUACGUGGUGAUGGCUCUUUGGGCAGCUUGCCAACAAUAUUUAGCAAUCAGCCGUUUAUGAGGUCAAGGGUUGUGCCUGGAAGUGAACUCCACGUCCGCCUGGAAGAGUGUUAUGAACAGUGGAGGGCUAUGGAAAAAGAGAGGAAAAGGACGGAGUCAAUACUUUUGAAGCAUUACCCAGGGAAGAAAGUGUCCAGCGCAAACAACACUCCUAUCCCGAGGCUGGCUGCUAACCCUUCCAGAGUCGAUCGUUUGGUUGUGGACCAGCUGCGGGAACAAGCCAGAGUGGUGACGCUACUCGGGAAAAUGGAGCGUUUCCGCAGCUCUCCUCUCCACGCAAACAUCCCCACAGCCCUUGACCGCCUGCUGGAGGCGAUUCAUAUCGUACAGGCACGUCGUAAGGAUGAGCUGGUGAAUGCAUCAAACCGCCAGAGACAAGGAGGACCUCGUCACCAGGAUGAUAAAGACGUCUUUGUGCUCGCUUCCUCCAUCAAAGACAUGGCUGCAGCUACUCGCAAGGCGCGGACAGCCCUUUGGUGCGCUAUGCAGAUGACCGUGCCCAGAAUGCCCCCAUCAAGCAGCGCCGGGAACUCAGAGCUGGCGCCACAGACCACCGAGAAUCCGUAUGAGAACGCCUAACCUUUUAUCAAGACGGACCACUAAAUAACUACCAGUGGCUAGUAUUUGAUUUUAGAUUUUGAAUUUUCCCAAUUAAGUAAGUUGUAAAAAAUAUUCUGUUUAAAUAGUUUACACAUCGAUAUCGUAGUCCGUG